AUGAUUAUUAGCAGCACCCUUAUUGCGAAACUUUUACCCAAACGUAAAGAAUAUGACCCGGAAGCGUACCAAAAUUGGUUGGAGGCUAAAAAUGAAGCCGAGUGCAAGCGAAAAGAGAAAGAACUCAAGCGAAAGAAACUCGAUGAAAUUAAGAAGAAACUUGCAGAAGAAAAGCGAAGGCAGGAAAGUGAAGAGAAGUUGAAACGAUGGAUGGAGCGUAAGGAACUGGAGACGCAGAAGAUGAAAAACCAAGCAGAAAACGGGAAUGAGAAAGUCAGGAAGAAGUGGAUACCAAAUGAAGUAAGUGAAACAACUUUCAAGGCUUGGAAGAAUCGAGUAAAGCAACUGGAGGAAGAUAGAAAACUCCGCCAGCUAGCGGAGCAACGAAUGCAAGAAGAACUCAAACAGGAACGGCAGUAUGUUUCGAAGCUAUUCUACGAGGGUUGGCUGAAGUCGUCUUCAUCGAAGCCGAAACCGGUACCACUGAACCAGGGAAUCGACAGCUUUCGGGGUUCCAUCUCCAAGAUGUUCAUCAAUCCCGUCCCUUGGAAAAAUAACAUUGACUAAACAGAGUGCGGCAGUUGUCUAAUGGCC